GGUUUGGUUUGGGAUGAUCUACUGCAGUCCUAAAUGAGUUGGCCUGCCCCCCCCCCCAUCCCAUCCCAUCCCAUCCCAUCCUCCUAUAAAAGUGCAUGGUGGUCUCGGGCUGUGGAGUCAUGAGUGAGAGUGGCCGGGGUGUGGAGCACAUCAGGAGGUGCUGUUUCCCCUGCCGCCGCCACACGGUCAUCGCCGACGCCAUGACCGCCUUCAAGGGCAUCUGGACUCAGGAGUUCUGGCGUUGCGUCGGCGCCGAGUUCUCGGCCACGCUCCUCUUCGUGCUGCUGGGCCUCGGCUCCACGGUAAACUGGGGGCCCGGCGAAGGGGCGCCCGACUUGGCGCACAUCUCCCUGUGCUUCGGCCUGACCAUCGGCACCAUGGUCCAGUGCUUCGGACACAUCAGCGGCGCUCACAUCAACCCGGCGGUCACGGCCGCCAUGGUGGUGACCCGUAAGCUGAGCGUGGCCAAGGCCGUGUUCUACGUUCUGGCACAGUGCCUGGGCGCCACGGCGGGGGCCGCCGUCCUCUACGGGGUCACGCCGGCUUCAGUGACGGGGGCCCUGGGCGUCACAGCGGUGAACAAGAAGGUGUCAGUGGGAAACGCGCUGGUGGUGGAGAUCUUCAUCAGCUUCCAGCUCAUCUUCACCGUCUUCGCCACUUGCGACCGCAAGCGCAGCGACCUGAAGGGCUCGGCGGCGUUGGCCAUCGGCCUGUCGGUGUGUGUCGGCCACCUGUUCGCUAUUCCGUACACGGGCGCCAGCAUGAAUCCUGCUCGCUCCCUGGGCCCGGCCGUGGUCACAUGGUCCUGGGAGAACCACUGGGUGUACUGGGUGGGCCCGGCCCUAGGAGGGAGCGUGGCGGCGGCCCUGUACGAGUACCUCUUCUGUCCGGACCUGGAAGCCAAGAAACGUUACUCGGACGGCUUCGGCAAGACGGCGUUCACGGGCUCCAAACAGCGGCAGGACUCGGUCGCGGCUCAGGAGCCGCUCUUCGCCGCCAUGGAGGCGGAGCGGGGCCGCGAGCGGGAGGUCUCAGGGGAGGUGCUGUCCUCCGUAUGACUAGACAGGAAGCGGGUCCGGGUCUGCCUGGUUGAGGCAACGCCGGGUCUGAAGGAGACGGACCUGCUGUAGACCAACAUAAAUGUCUAAAAAGAUCCUGCGUGGAAUAUCUACCUGGAGGAGGAGCAGGAGCGGACUCAAGCCUGGAUGGUUUGGACGGUUGGAGUCUAUAAAGAAAACAACAACAAAAAAAGGU